CCGUCAGGGUUCAGGUCCGAGUUUUCGCGUCGAGCUCCAAUCGUGCAACGUGCACGACCACGCUGCCAAGCAAGGACAACACGAAGAGGAGUGAAUCGACUGCCUGCUCCGAGACACUGAACCCACGUGAGAUCAUCUGGAUCAUCGUUCACAGUGCCGAUUGAGGAAGAAUUUUGUUUGGGAAAACUCGAGCUAAUCGCUAGAGGAAGAGUCAGACAGAACAUCGAACGAUCGACACUUCCCUCGCGGGGAAUCAACGCGAAGGAUCAUCCGCGACGUGUUGGUGAAAAGCUAGUGUUCGUGGAUCAGAGAGUGAUCAGGAAGUUUAACUUGCAGCUGCGUGCGCCGAUUUGUCCGGCCUAUCAGCACGUGGCCGCAGGGGUGGGACUUCUUUCGGUGCGCCUCGCGGGUUAGUUAAGCGCGGUGAACUCUGUGACAGUUGACCAGUGAAACGUGUCGGGAAGACUCUAUUGACAGUUACGUCGCUCCAUUUUCAUCUAUUUAAAUCACUGUGGCCGUGACAAUCGCUCCAAUUUGCUCCGCGUUUCGAACAUAAAUUAGGAGUAAAUGCGUGGAAACGUUAAAUCGCGACAAGUGCGCAGAAUAGGUGAAACGAAAUUAAUUAAACGACGAUUAAAGCACUCGACGAUAUUGGCGCGUGUCAAAACCGAUCUACCGGCUCCGAGAACAAAUCUCGGAUAGAAUAUAUGCUAUACAUAGUUGAACAAAAGAAAGCAAUGAAACAAGGACUAUGGUUCUAAUAAGCUUCUAAUUAUCACGACAGGUGCGCUGAUAAUUACGACGCGCGCGUGAUCAUCACGUGGACACGUCAGUGUUUUUCAACGCAAAAUUAUAUGUUACGGACAACAACUACGAAGUGUAUGGCUUGACGAGCGCAAAUAGAAUAAUUAAAAGCACAUUACACAGAAAAUCGUGUCAUCUGUUAGUUAUCUGUCCGGUGACGCGUCGGAGCAUCCCGUGUCAAGGAUUGAACUGAAAAUAUCAUUUUUUUUUUUCAAAACGCUUUAAUCAUCCAGAAAACAGUUAAAAAGUUAAAAGUUUUCAAAAUAUUUCUCGUCUUCCGAGUUCCUUUUAAUUACGAAUAUCGCCUUAGGCAGAUACGAGAGAAAAAGGGAUCAAUCGAGCAGUGUUUUAUGAAGCAGCGAGCAAUUAACUGUUUGCUUCUUGAUCACUCCUAAUUACUCGCAAUUACUCGUUGUAAUUAAGUAGGCUGAUGUCACCGGCGGCCGAUGUAUUAUCAGUGAAUCGUCCGUUUCUCGACGUCGAUCCGCCACUCCUCUCAGAACGGCCUGUUAAUAUUCGCCGUAAGAAAAUUAUCGGAAGAUCGUGAAACUUGCGGACGAGGAGGCGGCAGAAGGAGGAUCUCUCGAAAGGAAUUAAGACGGGUCAGCGGGGUGUAAACCCGGCAUCGGAGAAGGAACGAGGGCAAGACAGACAGACGGCUGAUCGGUGAAGAUCGGUACGACCGCGACGGAAUUGCACCGUGGCGGAGAUAAAUAACAACCGCUAAAUAAAUCCGCGUCAGGACGACGUCCCAAAUACAUCAGUCACAGAUCGCCUCAGAUUACGAGUCCCCGGGAUGCAAGGCUGACAUGGCGGAGGGUUCGGCCGAGGAGGAACAGAGCAGUACUGCUGCGCCCGCUUCCCCGCCAGCUGAUCUUCGCACUCUGAACACCCAAUUGUCGCCGCCUUAUCACCACCAGCCCCAUCUCCAGCCUCGUCUUCAGCAUCUGCAGCAUUCCAACAUGCUGGCGACCGCCGUACCGCCCCGGCACAGCCUCAGUAUGCUGUCUCAUCAGGUGAAAGCGGAGGCAGAGCUGGACGCCCCCUGCGAUGUGCCAUUGAAUCUCAAGAGCGAGGACAGCGACAGGAGUAGCGCUGGAAGUCCCGAACCGGCGACAGGUGGUGCACUUCACGAACACCAAAUGAUGAUAGAUGAUAUAAAGAAUUCACGAAAGAGGCGACGGAGUCCGUCACCUGAAAAUCUCCAUCAAGCGAAACGCGCGGCGGUAGCACAAGCUCACUUAAACGGGACGAUGGCUGGUAUGGUGACGCUUCAAAAUCUUCAGAAUUUAGCGAAUUUGCAAAAUCUUCCACAAGUCGCGUCAUUGGCCGCCGGUCUUCAGGGAAUGACAGCGGGAUUAACUAAUAAUCAGCUGAUCAAUACUCCGUUGAAUUUAACCGUCAGCUCGUCAGGCGGAACGGUACCAACAGCCUCGAGUACGACGGCAGGUCCCCACCUUUUGCCACCUAGCUCAGCCCCAAUGGCAACGUUACCUCAGCUAUUAUCUCAACCACAACCGGUCGCGAUGCCUCAAUUCAUCCUAACGUCUGGUCAAUUGGUUCAGGGCAUUCAAGGAGCUCAGCUUCUUAUCCCCACUUCGCAAGGUAUCGCUACCCAAACCAUUUUGACUAUACCAGUCAGUCACGUUACGAACAAUCAAAUGGUGAAUUUAGCGCUCAGUAAUGGACAAGUAGUUUCUACGACAUUGGCGAAUCUCCAAUCUCUAGCUCAACCGCAAAAUAUGCUUAAUACGCCUACGAGCAAUGUUCCCACGAGCCCCAGCCUGGCAUCGGGAUUAGGGCUGAACCCUGCCGCUUUGCCGCAUCUUCUAAGCAAUAGUUCGGCGAGCCAACAACUUCUGAGCGCGAUGCAGCCGCAGCAACUGCUUCAGGCUGCCCAGGCGGCACAAGCGCAAGCAGCGCAGGCUGUACAGGCCGUUCAGGCUUCUCAGCAACCGCUUUUAACGACAUCGCCUCAACAGCACAGCCACCGACACACCUCGCAUAUAAAUCAUUACACAUCGACGGAAAAACAUCACAGGGACAGACCGGAGCAGUCGUCGCCAUUGAAUGAAUCCGUGGUGUCCGCUGCAUCCGCUUUGAACAGAUUGGCCGCUAGUAAUGGCGAGAUUACUAUCACGACGACGCACGGACCUGGCGGUGCUGGGUUAAAGGCUUCUCCGAGCAGUAUGCACAGUCCAAUAAAGGAGGAGGAGGAUGAUCUCUUGAACGAUUCACCGAAUCAGCCAACGAUCAAUGAGGCCACUAAUAACGUAGUCGAUGGGAUCAAUUUGGAUGAGAUCAAGGAGUUCGCCAAGGUUUUUAAGCUGCGCAGACUGUCUCUGGGUCUGACACAGACCCAAGUUGGUCAGGCUCUGAGUGUCACUGAGGGCCCCGCAUACAGCCAAAGUGCCAUAUGCAGUGCCCUGGCUACCCAGAUGUACGCUGCCUCGCAGAUUGCCUCUCAGCAGCAAGCUACAUUCGAAAAGCUGGACAUUACGCCGAAAAGCGCGCAGAAAAUUAAGCCCGUUCUCGAGAGGUGGAUGAAGGAGGCAGAAGAGAGUGCAUCUGAUUCCAGGUACAAGAGCGGCGUUAAUCAUCUGACGGACUUCAUCGGGGUUGAACCGAGCAAGAAGCGAAAACGGCGGACUUCCUUCACGCCUCAGGCUUUGGAAUUGUUGAACGCACAUUUUGACAGGAAUACUCAUCCUACUGGUAACGAAAUCACAACUUUAGCGCAUCGAUUAGGAUACGAUAGGGAGGUGAUAAGAAUUUGGUUCUGCAACAAGAGACAAGCUCUGAAGAAUACGGUGCGGAUGAUGUCGAAAGGCGUUGUAUAGGGAACGAUUACAUCUACCGAACAAUCGGGCACUAUAUGAGAAAAGCUUCAAACUACGAACGAUAAAGAACACGUUUCGUAAAAUUUUCCAAUAUCGCGUUUUCCUCUAGCAUAAAUAAACAAUUCUAACGCGAGAACAAUUUUCCGUAGUUUGUUGCGGAAAGUUACAAGUAAGAAAAAAAAACGUUUAUUAUAAAGAAAACCACAUUUAUCAAAUUCGCUCCAGUACGGAAAGAUCGUUCUAGAUCGAAGCGAAGUCCUUCGAAUAUUGUGAUCGCAGGUGUAUACGACAUCUAUAUAUGUAAAUAGCUUUAAUCUACGAAUAUGUGAUGUAUACAUGAGUCGAAUAUCGAAAAUUGAUAAUCUGAAAUCGUUGUCUCUCAUUUGGUACCAAUCCGUCGCGCGCUUCCAAUUUUCAUAGAUAUAUAUUCACCGGAAAACACUAACUGAUCCAGUUUCGAAUUUCGAACGAACGGACUAUCGGCAAGCAUUAACGAAUUGAUGAACGUAAAUGUCCCGACGAUCGGAAUUACAUGAACAGUUUGUCACAAGCAACUGUAGAAAAAUCACUUCUAGGCUUUUCUAAUUAAUUACAGUUGCUUGAUUGUAAUAUUUGCCGGGACAUGUACGUUUUUCGGAAUACAAUCUAUCAAAACCGGGCGGAAAGACAUGUAAAUCGUCGCACGAAUAAUAACUAAUAAAAAUUUAGCUACCUUUAAAAUGGUUACUUACAAGAAUGCUAGUACAUAAGCGGCGAACGUUUAAACAACUACGUACAAUUGAUUCCUAAUCAACUGGCGAAACAAUCGAAAAUGCACUCAGAAUGAAAACACUCUAAGGGUGGUAAUCAUCCGCGUGCAACAAAAACUUCGACUGUAUCCUGCGAUCGAGGAAUUCUGAGAUAUCGUUGUUGCUCGUUGAGUUUGCGCAAAUAAAAUAUCGCUUAAAAAACAAAUACGAAGUAAAAAAUCAUCGUCUUUAUUGAUUAUAUAAUAUCAUCCCUUGCAUACAUAUAUAUAUGUAUAUAUAUACAUUGUUAUAACGAGCACAAUAAUAUUUCUAUUAUAACUUCGGUAACAAAUCUAGUCGAGAGUUUUUGAUGCGCGUAAGAUCUGUAAUUUACAAGUGUAUUUAGAAAUCAAUGAAAUUCCUUUAGUGACUAAAUAAUGCAAUAACGUCUUUGAAAGUAUGCUAUAAACGAUUAUAUACCACAUGCCGCUCCUGAAGUUAUAUUUAAUCCUGUAGGAAAAGAGAGAGAGAGAGAGAGAGAGAGAGAGAGAGAGAGAAAGAGAGAUAUGCAGUUAGAGACAGACAAGAUUCGAGUUUCUGCAAGACUAGUCCGUGAUAAUCUGCCAUGUAAGACGUAUACGUGUUAAAUGAGCACGCAUCCUCCGUUCCUAUACAUAUAUGCGAUCCGCUUAUUCGCUGAAUAAACGAUAAAGCUCGGACGAAAACUUCGAUUUUAUCAGAGCUUGAUUUCGAUCUGCGGGAUAUUCGAAUAAUAAUAAUUCUUCGAUCACGAAAUACGUUUCUGUAACGUUCCUUUAUUUCAAUUUUGUAUUUAUAAUUGUGCGAAAAAAUAGAAAAGCUAAAGAUACUCGAAUAAUUCCUUUGAAAUAUGCGUACAGUGAAAAAUAUUACACAUGCGUAAUUUUAAAAUCGAAGAAUUAUUAUGCAUUAUUAUUUCUCUUUUAACAAAAAAGAAAUCAUAAUAAUGUGGCCAUGUAAAGUCGCCUCACACAUCAUAGCGAUUAUUUGAUUUGCAAUACGUUGACGUAAUUAUUUAGUUACAAGGGAUCGACAACCCGCAGUCGUUUUCACGCACAAAAGGAUAUUUAAACGAAGUUCUUAAAGUACGGUUUUCUUAAUACUUAGCAGGCGCGUUUAAUGAAUAAGAACUGUGCAUAAAAUGUACUUCAUCCUCUUUAUAAUGGGCUAUUCAUUACGAUAAUAUUGUGAAAUCUCUAACUUGACGAGUAGCUAGGGGCGCAAGGGUAGCAUGUACAUAUUACGAUAUACCUAGACAUUGUAAUAUUAUAAUUAACUUUUAUUAUCAUAGCUAUAAAAUAG